GAUGGCGGAGAAAGUGCUCGGAGAGUCGGUGGCAGCAGUGAGCAGUGGCCAAACAGAACUGAAUCAAUCCGUAUAAAAAUAUAAGGGAAGGUAGCAAAAAAUAGAGAAACAGAUACGUCCUGUAAUUAUUAAAGGGACUGUCUAAUUAUUGUUUUCCCAUCAAUUUUUCCCCCCUUUGGUGUGGGUUGAAUUGUGCUGAGCUUUUUUUUCCAGAAUAUUCUGCCCCCAUCAUUUGUGUGACGGCGGUGCCGGUGAAUGUGAGAAGCAGAAUCGCUCGGGUCGGAGGACAUGGCGAGCGACAAGCCGGCGCAGCCGGUAAACGCACAGCCUGCGGCUGCGGUUGGAGCGGGAGGCGGCGGUCUGGAGCUCGAUCCCAAGCUGCAGCUACAGCCACAGCCAGCGGCGGCGGAGAUGGUGGGUUCGAUGGUGUCCAUCUCCGGAAUUAACCCGUCGGUGCCCAUCAGGAAUAUAAAGAUGAAAUUCGCCGUUGUCAUCGGUCUGAUCCAAGUCGGGGAGGUCAGCAACAGGGACAUCGUAGAAACUGUGCUCAACCUGCUGGUUGGUGGAGAGUUUGAUUUGGAAAUUAACUUCAUUAUUCAGGAUGCAGAAAGUAUAACAUGCAUGAUUGAACUUCUUGAACACUGUGAUGUCACCUGCCAAGCAGAGAUUUGGAGUAUGUUCACAGCUAUACUACGCAAGAGUGUACGGAACCUGCAAGCAAGCACGGAGGUUGGCCUUAUUGAGCAAGUACUGAUAAAGAUGAGCAAAGUGGAUGACAUGAUAGCAGAUCUGCUGGUUGACAUGUUGGGUGUUCUAGCCAGUUACAGUAUCACUGUCAAGGAACUCAAACUGCUUUUCAGCAUGCUUCGUGGAGAAAAUGGAUUCUGGCCAAGACAUGCAGUUAAAUUGCUGUCAAUUCUGAAUCAAAUGCCACAAAGACAAGGCCCGGAUACUUUUUUCAACUUCCCUGGACGGAGUGCAGCAGCCAUUGCUUUGCCUCCUAUUGCUAAGUGGCCUUAUCAGAAUGGCUUUACCUUAAAUACCUGGUUUCGCAUGGAUCCAUUAAAUAAUAUAAACGUGGACAAGGACAAGCCAUAUCUCUAUUGUUUUCGAACAAGCAAAGGAGUUGGCUAUUCGGCACAUUUUGUGGGAAACUGUUUGAUAGUGACAUCAUUGAAAUCAAAAGGAAAAGGCUUCCAGCAUUGUGUUAAGUAUGAUUUUCAACCUAGAAAGUGGUAUAUGAUUAGCAUUGUGCACAUCUACAAUCGUUGGCGGAAUAGUGAGAUCCGUUGUUAUGUCAAUGGUCAGCUAGUUUCCUACGGAGAUAUGGCUUGGCAUGUCAACACUAAUGAUAGCUUUGACAAAUGCUUUCUAGGAUCUUCAGAAACUGCAGAUGCAAAUAGAGUAUUUUGUGGUCAACUUGGAGCAGUCUAUGUAUUUACAGAAGCACUUAACCCAGCACAAAUAUUUGCAAUACAUCAGUUGGGACCUGGAUACAAGAGUACUUUUAAAUUUAAGUCUGAGAGUGACAUCCAUCUUGCUGAACAUCACAAGCAAGUAUUGUAUGACGGGAAGUUGGCCAACAGUAUUGCUUUCACAUAUAAUGCCAAAGCAACCGAUGCACAGCUUUGUCUUGAAUCAUCACCAAAGGAAAACCCUUCAAUUUUUGUACAUUCUCCACAUGCACUAAUGUUGCAGGAUGUCAAAGCAAUUGUGACACAUUCAAUCCACAGUGCAAUCCAUUCUGUUGGUGGGAUUCAAGUUCUUUUCCCACUUUUUGCACAGUUGGACUGUCAUCAGCCAAAUGACACUCAAAUAGAGACUACGGUUUGUGCAACCCUUUUGGCAUUUCUGGUUGACCUGCUGAAGAGCUCAGUUGCCAUGCAAGAGCAAAUGUUGGGAGGGAAAGGAUUCUUGGUAAUUGGUUACCUGUUGGAAAAGUCAUCCAGAGUCCACAUAACACGUGCUGUUCUUGAACAAUUUUUAUCCUUUGCUAAAUAUCUGGAUGGUUUGACUCAUGGAGCACCCUUAUUAAAGCAGUUGUGUGAUCAUAUUCUGUUUAAUCCUGCUAUCUGGAUUCAUACUCCUGCAAAGGUACAGCUUUCACUAUAUACUUAUUUGUCUGCUGAAUUCAUUGGUACGGCUACUAUCUACAGUACUAUCCGUAGAGUAGGCACUGUACUGCAGCUAAUGCAUACUCUCAAAUAUUACUACUGGGUAAUUAAUCCAUCUGAUUGCAGUGGUAUAUCUUCCAAAGGCCAAGAUGGUCCUCGUCCAUCGCAGAAAGAAAUUAUUUCAUUACGAGCUUUUAUGCUGCUAUUUUUGAAGCAAUUAAUUUUGAAGGAUCGUGGUGUGAAGGAAGAUGAACUUCAGAGUAUUCUUAACUACCUUUUGACUAUGCAUGAGGAUGAAAAUAUUCAUGAUGUUCUGCAACUGCUAGUUGCAUUGAUGUCAGAGCACCCUGCAUCCAUGAUCCCUGCUUUUGAUCAGCGAAAUGGAAUACGGGUUAUUUACAAAUUGCUGGCCUCCAAAAGUGAAAGUAUCAGAGUUCAAGCUCUAAAAGUUCUGGGAUACUUCCUCAAGCACCUAGGCCACAAAAGGAAAGUGGAAAUCAUGCACACGCAUAGUCUAUUUACUUUGCUUGGAGAAAGGCUAAUGCUCCACACCAAUACUCUUACUGUAACAACAUACAACACACUGUAUGAGAUUUUAACUGAACAGGUGUGCACUCAAGUUGUUCACAAGCCUCAUCUGGAACCAGACUCAACUGUAAAAAUUCAAAAUCCAAUGAUUCUCAAGGUAGUUGCUACUUUGUUGAAGAAUUCGACACCAAGCAAUGAACUAAUGGAAGUUAGGCGACUGUUUUUAUCAGAUAUGAUAAAACUGUUUAGUAAUAGCCGGGAAAAUAGAAGAUGCCUUUUGCAGUGUUCAGUUUGGCAAGACUGGAUGUUCUCUCUUGGAUAUAUAAAUCCAAAAUGCUCAGAUGAACAGAAAAUUUCAGAGAUGGUGUACAACAUUUUCCGUAUCCUUCUAUACCAUGCAAUUAAAUAUGAGUGGGGAGGUUGGCGUGUUUGGGUUGAUACACUCUCCAUAGCACAUUCCAAGGUCACUUAUGAAGCUCACAAAGAAUAUUUGGCCAAGAUGUAUGAAGAAUAUCAAAGACAAGAAGAAGAAAACAUCAAAAAAGGGAAAAAGGGAAAUGUCAGUACAAUCUCUGGUCUUUCAUCUCAAGCAGUUGGAUCUAAAGGAGGCAUAGAAAUCAGGGAAAUUGAAGAUGUUUGCCAGACGCAGAGCCCAGAGAGCGAAACAGACUAUCCUGUCAGCACAGAUUCUAAAAAUCUCUUGGUUGAAGCAAGAGUAUCUGGUAAUGGAGCAGGUGGUCCAGACAGACCCACAACUGGAGUACAUGUGGAGGUUCAUGAUCUCUUGGUGGAUAUCAAAGCUGAAAAGGUAGAUGCCACUGAAGUAAAGCUUGAUGAUCUGGAUCUGUCACCUGAGACAUUGGUAGCUGCAGAGAGCUGUAAUCUGGUAGAAGUAGAAUCACUGCUGGACAAUGUGUAUACCUCUGCUGUUGAGAAACUUCAGAGCAAUAUUGGUAGCAGCUCCAUGACACAACAAAGGGAACAAAGGGACAGUGGUCCUUUGAUAUCUUUAGUAGAUGAAAAAGAUGAUGAGUCAAUUAAUUGUACCUCAUUUACUUUUGAUAAAGCAACAAACCAUCAAGAAAAGCUUUUGGCUGACCUGCCCCCUGCUGACAAUCUUUCCCUUGCAAAUGUAACAGAGAACCAAAUACAUACCAGCGCUAGUGAUGACCUGGGGCUAUUGGCUCAUAUGACUAGUAAUUCAGACAAUACUAGUCCAAAACCUAUAACUGAGGAUAAGAAUUUUAAAAUCUCAACAAAUUUGGAAGAAAUGUGUAUUCUGACUGAAUCAGAAGGAAUUGUUCCAAAAGUUUAUGCUGAAAUGAUUGGUACACCGAUUGAUUCGGAACUGUCUUUGAAAAAGUCUGUGGGUAAUUUAGAUGCUUCUAGCACAAUAUCUGAUACUGACAGAUCAGAUGAUGGAAAAGAAACAGGAAAGGAAAUAAAGAAGAUUCAAACCACUGCUACAACCCAAGCUGUUCAAGGACGAGGAAGUGGAUCCCAAGAAAGAGAUCUGCGUGUUGAUCUGGGUUUUCGAGGAAUGCCAAUGACUGAGGAACAGCGCCGGCAGUUUAGUCCAGGGCCACGCACCACUAUGUUUCGCAUCCCUGAAUUUAAAUGGUCUACGAUGCAUCAACGCCUAUUGACAGAUCUGCUCUUUGCAUUGGAAACGGAUGUACACGUUUGGCGGAGUCAUACUUCAAAGUCGGUGAUGGAUUUUGUGAAUAGCAAUGAGAAUAUUAUUUUUGUGCACAAUACAAUUCACCUCAUUUCCCAGAUGGUGGACAACAUCAUCAUUGCUUGUGGUGGAAUUUUGCCUUUGUUAUCAGCAGCCACAUCCCCCACGGGUUCCAAGACCAAUACUAUGGAUUCCAGAGCCCCUGUGGACAAUGGGAGACUUCACAGCCCUGGUAAAUCACUUACCGAACUUGAAAACAUCGAGGCAACCCAAGGCAUGUCAACAGAGACAGCAGUAACAUUUUUAAAUAGGCUAAUGGCCAUGGUUGAUGUGUUGGUUUUCUCAAGCUCACUCAAUUUCAGUGAGAUUGAAGCAGAAAAGAAUAUGUCAUCAGGAGGCUUAAUGCGUCAGUGCCUGAGGCUUGUUUGCUGUGUUGCUGUCAGAAAUUGUCUUGAAUGUCGACAGAGACAAAGGGACAGGGUGUCUAAAACUUCACUAGCUAACAGUAAGAUUCAAGAAAAUCUUCAAAGUGUAACUGGAUCUAAUACAUCCAAGACUGCAGUCGAAAGUGUCACUGGCAACCUUUCUCCAAUUAAAGAUCCUGAUCGAUUACUGCAAGAUGUGGACAUUAAUCGUUUGCGGGCUGUUGUCUUUCGUGAUGUGGAUGACAGUAAACAAGCCCAGUUUUUGGCUUUGGCUGUUGUAUACUUUAUCUCUGUGCUCAUGGUCUCAAAAUACAGAGACAUACUGGAACCACAGCGUGAAAUUGCAAGGUCUGGAAGUCAGACAAGUCGGAAUAUUCGGCAGGAAAUAAAUUCACCAACAAGUACAGAGAAUCCUGUUACUUUUCCUGAGAACAGCAAAGAUAAAGAAAUUCUGACACCAAUUGAAGAUAUGCAGAUUGAUAGCUGUAUUCCACAUAGUGAUUCGGGCAUUGGAGAAGAACAAAUAGCUGGUCUUAUGAAUGGCUCUGAUUUGGAAAUAAUUACUAGAUCAGAUGCAAUGAGUGAACUUCUAUCUUCCUUGUCCUCUGAAGUAAAGAGAUCGCACGAAAGUUUAGCUGAUGCUCAAAUUGAAGUGCUAAAGCCCUCCUCAUCCAUAUCAAGUGUAAGCCAAGGAAAAGGAAUGAAUGUAAAGGAGAUUUUAAAAAGUCUAGUUGCAGCACCCAUGGAAGAUGCAGAAUCCGGUCCUGAACCUGUAUUGUAUCCUGAUCCUACAGUGAAAAGAGAAGCGCAACCUAUUCUUCCAAUGCAGUUUCAUUCCUUUGACAGGAGCGUUGUUGUUCCAGUAAAGAAACCUCCACCAGGAAGCCUGGCCAUCAAUACAGUUGGUGGUUCUAGCUCUGCUAGUCUUGUCACUGGGAGUGCAACGAAUAUAAUUUCUCCUGCAGCAGCCACACCAAAAAGUAUGAUAAAUACUACAGGUGCUGCAGAGGCUGCUUCCACUUCUUCCUCCUCUUCCUCUUCCAGCUUUGUGAAUGGUGCUACCAGCAAGAAUCUUCCAGCAGUGCAGACUGUUGCUCCAAUGCCAGAAGAUUCAGCUGAGAAUUUGAGCAUCACAGCAAAACUAGAACGGGCCCUUGAAAAGGUUGCUCCACUGUUACGUGAGAUCUUUGUGGAUUUUGCUCCAUUUCUUUCAAGAACUCUCCUGGGCAGCCAUGGCCAAGAGUUGUUGAUCGAAGGCCUGGUGUGUAUGAAGUCUAGUACCUCUGUUGUAGAACUGGUUAUGUUACUAUGUUCACAGGAAUGGCAGAAUUCUAUUCAGAAGAAUGCAGGACUGGCCUUUAUUGAACUCAUUAAUGAAGGAAGAUUGUUGUGCCAUGCAAUGAAGGACCACAUCGUUAGAGUGGCGAAUGAGGCAGAGUUCAUUCUGAACAGACAGAGAGCAGAAGAUGUACAUAAGCAUGCUGAAUUUGAGUCCCAAUGUGCUCAAUAUACAGCAGAUAGAAAAGAGGAGGAAAAGAUGUGUGACCAUCUCAUUAGUGCUGCAAAGCACCGUGAUCAUGUUACAGCUAAUCAAUUAAAGCAAAAAAUUCUCAACAUUCUUACAAACAAGCAUGGUGCUUGGGGCACUAUUUCUCAGAGUCAGCAACAUGAUUUUUGGCGCCUAGACUACUGGGAAGAUGACUUGCGUCGUAGGCGCAGGUUCAUACGCAAUCCCUUUGGAUCCAUACAUCCUGAAGUCCUAUUGAAAUCUGCAGAAGACUAUGUUGCAGAUGAGGACAUUAUAAAGUCGAAGAAAACUUUCCGGGCCCAGACAGUUGUAAAUCAAAAUACGGAGACCGAGUUAAUGUUAGAAGGAGAUGACGAUACGGUCAGCCUACUGCAGGAGAAAGAGAUCGACAAUUUAGCAGGCCCUGUUGUCUUAAGUACUCCCGCUCAGUUAAUAGCACCAGUCGUAGUUGCUAAAGGAACCUUGUCCAUCACUACCACAGAAAUUUAUUUCGAAGUCGACGAAGAUGAUCAUGGCUUUAAAAAAAUCGACCCAAAGGUCCUUGCUUACACAGAAGGUUUACAUGGAAAAUGGAUGUUCAGCGAAAUACGAGCUGUUUUUUCACGGCGCCAUCUCCUCCAGAACACAGCUUUGGAAGUCUUCAUGGCCAACAGAACAUCUGUUAUGUUUAACUUCCCAGACCAAGCUACAGUGAAGAAGGCUGUAUAUAGUUUACCUCGUGUUGGAGUUGGCACCAGUUACGGUUUACCACAGGCCAGGAGAAUAUCAUUGGCCAGCCCUCGUCAGCUUUUUAAAUCAUCCAACAUGACACAGCGCUGGCAAAGGCGGGAAAUUUCAAACUUUGAAUACUUGAUGUUCCUUAACACCGUAGCAGGACGGACAUACAAUGAUUUAAACCAGUACCCAGUGUUUCCUUGGGUUAUUACGAACUAUGAGUCUGAAGAGCUGGACUUGACCCUACCAGGCAACUUCCGGGACCUUUCAAAGCCUAUUGGAUCUUUGAACCCAAAGCGUGCUGUCUUCUAUGCUGAACGCUAUGAGACAUGGGAGGAUGAUCAAGUUCCACCGUAUCAUUACAAUACCCAUUAUUCCACAGCUACUUCCACAUUAGCUUGGCUUGUCAGAAUUGAGCCAUUUACCACAUUUUUCCUUAAUGCAAAUGAAGGAAAAUUUGAUUAUCCAGAGCGAACAUUUUCUUCUGUAGCAAAAUCAUGGAGGAACUGUCAAAGAGACACUUCAGAUGUGAAGGAGCUAAUUCCAGAAUUCUACUAUUUACCUGAAAUGUUUGUGAACAGUAAUAAUUACAAUCUUGGCAUCCGAGAGGAUGGAACAGUUGUUUCUGAUGUUGAACUUCCAACAUGGGCAAAGAAGCCAGAGGAUUUUGUUCGUAUUAACAGAAUGGCCCUUGAAAGUGAAUUUGUUUCUUGCCAACUGCAUCAGUGGAUUGACCUUAUUUUUGGAUACAAACAGCGAGGCCCAGAGGCAGUGCGUGCUCUCAAUGUUUUCCACUACCUGACAUAUGAGGGGUCUGUGAAUCUAGAUAGUAUCACAGAUUCAAGUCUCAGAGAGAUCUCUGAAUCUUAUUUCAUUAAAGAUCCUUAUACCUUUCUCCUUACAUCAGAAUUUGUAAAGGCCAUGGAGGUACACAUACAGAACCUUGGACAAAUGCCAUCUCAGUUGCUUAUUGAGCCACAUCCACCCCGAAGCUCUGCCAUGCACUUGUGUUUCCUUCCACAGAGCCCACUCAUGUUUAAGGAUCAGAUGCAGCAAGAUGUUAUAAUGGUGCUAAAAUUUCCAUCCAACUCCCCUGUUACCCAUGUGGCAGCUAACACGCUGCCUCACCUAAGCACCCCUGCUGUGGUCACUGUGACCUGUAGCAGGCUGUUUGCUGUGAAUAGGUGGCAUAACACAGUAGGUCUUAGGGGAGCUCCAGGAUACUCUCUGGAACAGGCCCAUCAUUUGCCAAUUGAAAUGGAUCCAUUGAUUGCCAAUAACGCUGGUGUGAACAAAAGGCAAAUCACAGACCUUGUAGAUCAGAGCAUUCAGAUUAAUGCCCACUGCUUUGUUGUGACAGCAGAUAAUCGUUACAUACUUGUUUGUGGAUUCUGGGACAAAAGUUUUCGAGUGUACUCAACGGAAACAGGAAAAUUAACACAAAUCGUGUUUGGACACUGGGAUGUGGUUACAUGCUUGGCCAGAUCUGAAUCAUAUAUUGGUGGUGAUUGUUACAUUGUAUCAGGUUCUCGUGAUGCCACACUUCUGUUAUGGUACUGGAGUGGCCGACAUCACAUCAUUGGAGACAACCCUAACAAUAGUGAUUACCCUGCUCCCAGAGCUGUACUGACUGGUCAUGACCAUGAAGUAGUUUCUGUAUCUGUGUGUGCUGAACUGGGACUUGUCAUCAGUGGAGCCAAAGAAGGCCCAUGCCUGGUGCACACAAUUACAGGAGAUCUUCUAAGGGCUUUGGAGGGCCCAGAAAACUGUGUCUACCCACGACUUAUUUCUGUAUCCAGUGAAGGCCACUGCAUCAUCUACUAUGAAAGAGGAAGGUUCUGUAAUUUUAGCAUCAAUGGCAAACUGUUAGGGCAGAUGGAGACCAAUGACUCAACAAGAGCCUUACUUCUCAGCAGCGAUGGACAGAACCUGGUAACUGGCGGUGACAAUGGUGUUGUAGAAGUCUGGCAAGCCUGUGACUUCAAACAAUUAUAUAUUUACCCAGGUUGCGAUGCUGGCAUUAGGGCUAUGGACCUCUCUCACGAUCAAAGGACACUGAUAACAGGCAUGGCUUCAGGCAGUAUCGUAGCUUUUAACAUAGAUUUCAACCGGUGGCACUAUGAACAUCAGAACAGAUACUAAUCACAUGCUAAGGGAGGGUGAAGAAUGAUUGGCAGUUCCAGCUGAGAGCACAAGUGCUACAGUCAACAGCCCAGGUAUAGGUGUUGGAAUGUAAUACCCUCUGUUUUGCCCUCCAUUAUACAUUGCAUUACAUCCAGCAAUAGUUGUGCAUUGUAUUAUUUUCAUGUGAAAGCAAUCACAGUAAUUUUGUUUUCUUUCUUCACUGAUCACCAGCUUUAUCAAAGAAAUACCAUAUUAAUUUAUAAAUCAUUGAUGAAAGACAGAUGAUUAACAGUAUGUUGAAUAAUUAAUGUUACUAUCUAAUUUUAUUUACAAAAAUGUGUCAAGGACAAGUUACAGAACAUGUGCAGUUGUUCAAAUAAUUCAUGCUAAGAGAAGGCCAUUUAAAAAGAAAAACUACAUUUGUCUUUUCAGGUUGUAUCCAGCUAUGAAAGAAUACUUUUAUUAAGUAUUACUUUAAUAUCUUUGAUGGAAAUAAAAUACCCAAGGCAUAUGUUUCUGAGCCAUUGUACUCAAUCUGUUGAUCCAUCAUUUUAGACAUAAGCUAAAACUAAUCAAUCUUGAUAGAAAGUACUGGAUAUUUAUUGGCACCAUGAACAAAAUUAACUUGGCUAAUAAUUUUACAGUGUGGCAAUGAGAUCCACAUUCUGUACUGUGCUGACAAUUUACAAACACAGUUUGAUUUCUGUACCCUGUUAACAUUUAUUUCAUGAAGUAAAUAUUGUGAGAUCUUGGCUCUCUAGCUUAAAAUUACAUUUCCAGCUUUCCUAGUAAGCACGAGAAUAAAUGUACCAUGCAUUUGUUUCCAGAGCAAAAAUUUUACUGUAGUAAAGAUAUUUCUGGCAUAUAAUUCUAAUUAAAUACAUACACACGGGGAUUAAAAAUCACCUCAUCUUUUCUUUUCUUUUGUAUAAUUGGUGACUGUUUCGUCAGAAGUCAUAGAUGUACAUAUUAUGUUGGUAGGGCUAAGAGGCAUGUAACAGGAAUGUAGCUUUCUUGGAAAUUGCAGUCAUGCAGUUUAUUUAAGAAAGAAAUUGGAUUCUUUGUAUUAGCACUUUGCACCAGAAACAUCAUUAUUUAUUGCUGUGAUUAUUGAUUUAUCAUCCACACUGUAAUAGUAAAUUUUAGCACUGAACUCUUUACUUGCUGUUUGUAUUUAAACAAUUAAAACUAUGGAAAAAGUCUGACUGCGUAACUAUUAAGUUGUACAUCUCGUGUGAGCAAUAUUAUGAGUUUUUAGUCUAGAAUUGGGGGAGGGAAGCAAGCAUCUGGAAACCAAUUUCAUUUCAUCUGGAAAUCACAGUGAAAUAUUUUGGAUAUAAGAAAUCCUUGAGCUAUUGUAACGCUGUUUUAUGGCAAAGAUGUAAGAUAUGCCAGAUGUGUGUCAAUUGGAAAUUAAAAUUGAAGAAAAUAAAAUAUGCAAAG